CAGCCAGAGCUCAAUAUGCGGAGUGCAGUCCGCUUCUGUCGGCCGGGCAGGGUGACAGCUGUGCGCCCCCCUCUCCGCCGCAGCACACUCCGCUCUCACGGUUCCCCAGCCGGGGCAUGCCCCGCCAUGUUUGACCUAAACCGCGGCUGGAACCUGUCCUUCGCAGGGUGCGGGUUCCUGGGGAUUUACCAUAUUGGAGUUUCCAGCUGCCUGCUGGAGAAAGCGCCCUACCUCGUCAAAGGGGCCACCAAGCUGUACGGGGCCUCUGCCGGGGCUCUGACCGCCUCGGUGCUCGCCACCCAGGCAUCUCUGGCUAAAUGCUGUGAAGAUGUGAUCGAGGUGGCUAAAGAGGCCAGGAAGAGGAACUUGGGCCCCCUUCACCCUACCUUCAACCUGAUCAAGGUGCUAAAGUCUGGCCUUAAUCGUGACCUGCCCUCUGACGCACAUGUCCUGGCCUCGGGGCGACUGUGUAUUUCGCUGACCAAGGUGUCUAACGGGGAGAACGUGCUGGUGUCUGAGUUUAGCUCCAAAGAGGAACUUAUCCAGGCGUUGAUCUGCAGCUGUUUCAUUCCCAUCUACUGUGGGCUGAUUCCUCCAUCCUUCAGAGGAGUGCGUUACGUGGACGGCGGGAUCAGCGACAACCUGCCGCAGUCUGAGUUGAAGAACACCAUCACUAUCUCUCCCUUUGCUGGCGAGAGUGACAUCUGUCCCCGGGACAAUUCCCCCAGCUUCCACGAGCUGCGCUUCACCAACACCAGCAUCCAGAUGAACGUGGGAAACAUGUACCGCCUCAGCAGGGCUCUGUUUCCUCCAGAACCCAAGGUUCUGGCUGAGAUGUGUCAGAGCGGUUAUAAGGAUGCUCUGCGCUUCCUUGAAGAGAACGAUCUGCUGAUGCUGGAGCGCCCAACCUCGGGCCCCGCCCUGCCGGAGAGCCUGCCCGACUGCUGCUGCAAGCAAAAGGAAAGCACACAAGAGUGGGUGCUCCGGAGGCUGCGCCUGCUGCGUAAACAGCACUGGUGGCUGGAUGAGCAGAUCGCUCUGCCUACAUCCAUCAAGAAAGUGUUCUGUGAGGCCUGCCAAGACAAACCUGGUUUGUACGCCAAGGUGUCUGAGAUGCUGCCAGUGAGAGUGGCCUCCUACAUGCUCAUGCCAUGCACACUUCCUGUGCAGUCCGCAUACUCUGUGGCCCAGAGGUUUGUGGAGUGGAUCCCAGAAGUGCCAGCUGAUGUGCGCUGGCUGUUUGGGGUGGCAGGUGACGUGUACCGACAGGCCUGGAAAGGAGUACCAGCCAACUCCAUGAGCGAGCCGUACCUGAGGAAAUGCUUGAGCGCGCCACCUCUACCCACAGAGUGUGACAGAGCCAUGCAGAGAGACAACCCGCCUGCCCUUUCCUCCCUGGACCUCCACGGCAGCUACGGGGAGACCCUCAAAUCUGCAUCCUCUUCCUCCUCCUCGUCCUUCUCCCACCAUCAUCCUCACAUCACCUCCUCCUCUCCACAACAAGUCUGCUUCUUUGUCGGCUCGCAGGAUGAACCUCACAGCCAUGCACAGCAGUGAAGUGGUUCAGACAUGCACUUCAGGAGUGAUGUGGUCAAAUGUCCACUCUCGCUGCAAGGAGUUGGUCAAGUGAUUGUAAAAAUUUGACAAAGGAGCAGUGUGUGAAUGGUUUAAGGAAACACAUUAAUCUCUGACUCGGAACACUCAAGGCAGCACCAAGCGUGUUAUAUUUUAAUGAGUGCUCUGGAAGACAGCAUCGCAACUAACUCAGGACUAUGACCUGUUUUAUAUGUGUCUGGUUUUCCAGUCUAACGUCAGCAGUGUUGGGCAGGUUAAUCUGGAAUUGUAAUAAGUUACUUUUUACUUAUUACUCACUUAAAAAAAGUAAUAAUAUUACUUUACUUAUUAUUGGGUGACCAGUUAUGUUACCAUUACGUUACUAUAUUACUUUCACUUUGUAUCUUUGACUGUGAUGCAAUAGAAAGAACACCUCUCUCCCUUGUUCUUCAUUCUUCCUUUAACUUUUUGACUGGUAGCCGACUUGAACUGCCCUUGACCUGCUGCACAGUCACGCAUUCACGUCAAAGAUGGUGCACUUGGAUUAGUAACUCUAAUAUUACUGUUUUGGAAAUAGUUAUCCCUUACACUACUGGUUACUGGGAAAAGUAAUAUUAUUACAGUAACCCAACACUGAACAUCAGCCUGUUUGUUUAAAAUGUACUCAACAGCAGCAGGAAUCAUUCCUCAUUUCAUUACAGUUAAUUGAAUCAAGAGUCCAUUGUGUCUUCACAAGUGACUCACUGUGUCCGUCUGUAUGUCCUUUUGGUCAUGUCUGUUGAUUUUUAGUUGUGUGAUAUAUAUGACUGCUUUUAGGUGACAUGAUGUAACUUCUGGCAGCCUUAUUGGAGGUCUGCCUUGCUCUUUUGUAAGCAUACUUUACAUACACACUUAAUCUGAUGGCUAUUUUUAAGAGGGACGUCCACAAGUCUGACCAGUUGUGUUUUUGACAGUAAUCCCUUUGUGGCUAUUGCUACCGCUCAGCCCUGCUGAUUACUUUGUGAGAAGAUUGUUGUCCUAACUGAUAGAAAGUUAUAGCCAAGUUAUACUAAAGUAAAGUGUCCUUUAACUGAAAUAACAGUUUACUUCAUCACAGAGCUUUAUUUAUUAAAACAAACUUUCCAAAUCAGACUGGUCACUAACAUUACUGACCAAUACCUACUUGUAGUUUAAUUUGGCCCCACUUCCUAUGUUUAGAGCCAGCAACAGAUCUCCAUGAUGGCUGUUGGGAAUGUUUUGCUGAACUUGCCAAAAUGAAACACUGAUGCUGUCUGUGCUCAUCGAGUGCAGCCGUGAUACUGGUGUGACCUUCAACUUGUAAAUCUCUUUUAUGUAAUGUAUCACUUGAAUGUAAAGUUAUGUUGAUUUGCUGUGAAAUUCUUUUAAGCUUGAACACCAAACGGUGCAACUCGACCACAACAGCAACCUAGAUAGCCACACCUCAAAUCAUUCCACAUUAUCUGCACAGAUUCAAAGAAAGAGGAUUUCAGAACAUUCAGUUUAAAUCACAGAAAUGUCUUAUUGUGAUGAAAUUCAUCCUCAAUAACACAGAUCACAUGAAACAAACACUGCUUUUCCAGAAUACCUCUAUAUCUACCUACCUCAACUGCCAGUGGUAAGGUUUAAAAUGAUAUUUUAGAUAUGGGUAUGUGUAGUAAGCUUUGAUUUGAAUGUAAUUCCCAAGCUUUGUUCCUGAAAAUAAAAUCUUUAUCAGAGUAAACAUAAAGAAAUAAAUACUGCAGCAUCUUCUCUCA